CUUUAUAGUUCUGAGUAUUCGCGGAGCUCAAGAAGAAGAGCCGCCCGAUCCACAGCUGAUGCGGCUGGACAAUAUGCUGAUAGCAGAGGGCGUGGCAGGGCCAGAAAAGGGCGGAGGAUCGGCAGCGGCGGCAGCAGCAGCAGCAGCGUCGGGCGGAGGACUAGGCCAACCAGAGAAUGCUAUUGAACAUUCAGAUUACAGGGCGAAGCUGGCUCAGAUCAGGCAAAUCUACCAUACGGAACUUGAAAAAUACGAGCAGCAGGCAUGUAAUGAGUUCACAACGCACGUCAUGAACCUGCUCCGAGAACAGAGCAGGACGCGGCCCAUCGCCCCCAAGGAGAUCGAGCGCAUGGUCAGCAUCAUCCACCGCAAGUUCAACGCCAUCCAGGUCCAGCUGAAGCAGAGCACCUGCGAAGCUGUCAUGAUUCUACGCUCAAGGUUCCUGGACGCAAGGAGAAAAAGAAGGAACUUCAGCAAGCAAGCAACAGAGAUCCUCAACGAAUACUUCUACUCCCAUCUUAGCAACCCCUACCCAAGUGAAGAAGCGAAAGAAGAACUAGCAAGGAAGUGCGCCAUCACGGUAGCACAGGUUUCCAAUUGGUUUGGUAACAAGAGGAUCCGCUACAAGAAGAACAUCGGCAAGGCCCAAGAAGAAGCCAACCUCUAUGCUGCAAAGAACGCCGCCUCAGCCGUAUCCAGUGUCAACCCGUCCAGCCAAUCGCAGGCCUCGGCCGGCUCCCAGGAGGGACAGUCACCGGGCACGCCCACCUCGGGCUCGGGAGGGGGCGGCGGCUACGGCAUGUCAUCGGGCGGGGGCAUGAUGGGAAGCGGCGGAACGGAGUACAUGGGGAUGCCGAACGGAGACAGUUACCAGCUGCCAAAUCAAGUGGGUGCCAACGUUCAGUCCCAGGUGGCGAGCUUAAGACAGGUCAUAUCACAGACAGGUAGCUACAACAGCGACAGCCUGCCCCCUCACUCCCAGCCGCCGUCCAUUUACAACCCCUCAUCCCUGGGCCAGUACCCAUCAGGGAGGGCUAGCGGGGACAUGGACACCGGGUCCCAUGACCGUAUGGGUAGCGGUAGCGACAGCCAGCACACCUCACCCCGGGGUGGGGGUGAUGACCGAAGCAGCAACGGGAACGUCAACGAGGACGGCAGUGCCAGCUGGGCUGGCGGGCAAUCCAACCUCGACUUCAGUAUUCAACCGAUAGAGGGCGCUAACUUUGACGACGGCCGGGAUUCACGUAGCAGUAGUAAACACUGAGACCCUUCUCGAAGACUAUGUGAACCUCCAGAGUUUUUUAGGACUUUCCUUUUUUUAUCUUUCGCUAUAUAUCUCUGGCCCUUUUUAUGUUUCUAUUUCACAAAUAUAAUUUUUUAGGGAUGUUUGUUUAAUUCUUAUAAUUACAAACUGUAUUCAGACUUUGAUAGUUUAAUUUCUUCCAUUUUACUCAAUUAUGUUUUCAAGUAGUAUACAUAUGCAGCUGUGUUUCAAAAUUCAGUAAUUUUCCCCAGAUUUUGAAACGUUACACACGUUUUGGUUCGUUUUUAUUCAAAAGAGCAUAAUUUGCAUUUAUUGAUUCAAAAAUAAUUUUUGUGCCAAAAAGCAGAGAAAUAAUGCGAUGAGUACAUCUUUUCAAAAGUAUUUAUUGCCAUUAUUUAGUCUUUUCAGGGACAAGUAUGUAUUUAAUUCAAAUUUGAUUUUGAUUUUUAUCCAUUUUCAAGGGGAAAACUGUGGCUGUAAUAUAGACCAACUAGAAUAAUAACAGAUAGCUACAAAGUAAAUGUAAAAGUUUGAAAGAAUAUAGUUCACAAAGGAGAUUUUUGUUUAAAUUCACCAAAAUUAACUUUCACUUCAAAAGGCACAAUUUAUGUAAACACUACUCAUAAGAAGAAAAUAAUUUCAGAACACAAUAUUACAUCAAUGUAGCCUUUACUUAGACUCGAGUAUUCUUCUUACACAUAUUCCCACUGGCCUGUUUUACUGAUUGAGU